AUGGAGCAGAACCUAAAACAUUCAGAAGAAACUAAUGCGAUAUCAGCUAAUUUCCGCAUCAGAAAAAUACAGCACUCAAUGCUUUCUCAAAAAUUUGUGGAAGUAAUGUCAGAAUACAACAAAAUUCAGAUUGAUUAUAGAGAAAGGUGUAAGGCAAGGAUUCAAAGACAGUUAGAAAUAACAGGCAAAAUUACAACAAAUGAUGAGCUAGAAAACAUGCUAGAAAGUGGAAAUCCCACAAUUUUCACUCAAGGGAUCAUCAUGGAGACGCAGCAAGCCAAACAAACCCUAGAAGAUAUUGAAGCUCGGCACAAUGAUAUUAUUAAGUUAGAAAGCAGCAUUCGAGAGCUUCGUGACAUGUUCUUGGACAUGGCCAUGUUAAUUGAAAAUCAGGGAGAAAUGGUAAACAGAAUUGAAUAUCAAGUGCAAAAUACAAAGGAUUUCAUUGAAAGUGUUAAACAAGACACAAAGAAAGCAUUGGUAUACCAGAGUAAAGCGAGAAAGAAAAAAAUUAUCAUCAUAAUCCUAGUCCUAGUGGUGAUUGGAGUUUUAACUCUAAUUAUUCUUGGCUCCACUGGAAGAAUUUAAUACUGGACCAUGUUGACUUGGAGAUGAGUGCAAACCUAAGUGACCUUUAAUCUAAGCAUUCUGUAAUUUUUUUUACACAAGUAUAGCAUGUACCUAGGACUUCCAUGCAUGUGUGAGUGAAUUUUUCUGAAAUCUUUUAGAGAUGUAACAAGGCUCAAGUACUCACGUGAGCUGAUAUGUUCCACAUGGAAUAUGCAAGCGAUGUGAACAAAAAUUACAUUAUGGUUAGUCUUUAGUUUUUACACAGACAUUUAAAAUCAGUAUGUGUAAAAAGAGUUUUAAUAUUUGUAAUUGAGUUUGAGUGUAAUGUUGUACAUAUGUAAUUUUUAAAUCAUGGUGAUUCUUUAUGUUCAUUACUGGAUUUUCUUACAUUACUGCCACUGCAUAUGAGUGUGAAACUUUUUAACUCUACUAAAACAACUAUGAACUUACUUUUAGAAAAAUGUGUGCCAAAGAAUCAAGCCAAUAAUUCAGUUAAUUUAUAUUUGUAUUGUAGGUUACUAAGAAAUUGAAUAAUGUCUUAAAUUCCCUAGUAACCUAAAAGUUGAUGCAUGUGUGUCUCGUGUGUGUGUGUGAAAAUAUUGUUACUAAUACAAAGUUUAUUUUAAUAUAUAUACAUAUA